GGUGCACUUGCUUUUCAAUUCUCAUUCCUUAUUGAUAUAAGUGACGUCACUGAUAUUUUACAAAAAUGCCGCUCACUGGUAAUGUAUCGGAGAACGCUGACAAAACAAGGAAUUUUCAUAUAAACGGAGCUAAAGAGUUCGAUAAUCAUACGGUGAAUGCAAAUGUCUUCGUUGCGGGACAGAGGGAUGUACCUGACCCGAGAAAUUUAAAUGCGCCGUCUUAUAAAGUGGCUGGUGGUGGACUGGGUGUAGAACAUGCGACUGGUCACUCAAUAGGUGUAUCCGCCCAACACAUACCAAACUUCGGCAACCAAGUGACCGCCUCCAGUAAUCUUAACGUUAUGAGGACAGAGAAUCACAGAGUCGACGUCAACGCAUUCACAACCAACUCUAUGCCAAAGGCUGGACCCAACUUUGCUACACAUGGUGCUGGUGUAGAUUACAACUUCAAAGACAAACUUGGCGCCAACGCGAGUGUAACGCACACGCCCAUGUUCAAACAAACUGAUUACUCUCUUGGCGGUAAUGUUAACUUAUAUAAGAACCCGACCACAUCUGUCGACUUCAGCGCGGGCGCCCAAAGAAGGGACACCCCUUUUGGCAGAGGCAAUUGGGAGAAACAUGGCAUGAUGAAAUUUAACAAACAGUUUUAAAUAUUAUAUAUACAACAUUUUCGAAGUA